UCGCCUUGGUUUGUUCGGUUUCGGAGAAAAAAUUAAAUUCUAUUUUAUUUUGUUAAUUUUGUUCAUUAUUGAAAGCAGAAUUGCUUGUGGUUUCGUUACGUGUUCCAUAUGUAAACCCUAGCUCGUAUAGGCAAACAACCAGCAUACCAUAACUUUAUUUUCGUUUUGCGGCUUCGUUCUGCCGUUCCAUUUUUCCUGUUUUAUUGUUUUCCUUUCAACUCGCGGUACGUGUGCGUGUGAGCGACCGAUCAAUGCAUAAGUGUGUGUGUAUGUGCGUCAAUAUUUGUAUAAAGUUGCGAAGGAGCCUUACAAAUAAAUGUGUUCUUCAUAUUUGCUGAAUUUGUUGCUAUGUAAAAAGAAUACACACAACGUAAGACGUACCUAAGUGCUGGAUGCAAAAAGCACAGUAGAGGAAGAUAAAGAAGUAUUAAGUCGAACAUCCAUCCAAAGUCUUAGCCAUAACGUGAACGACACGUCCAAACAAAGGUCGAAAGUCUUGCCAUUAUUUAUUGAAUAAACAAACUGCCAGCCACAAGAGGAGUCUUUCAGCAAGUUGCUAAAGGAGGACACGCACACCUACACUCACCCACACACACACACACUGCGAAACGUUUAGAUUUAAUUGGAAGCAGAAUGGAGCGGGGCCAUGUUUGAACGCUUCCGCUUGAGCAACCUGAGCAAAAGCUAUCGACAACGCGGCGCAUCCUCAGAACUGGCGCGCGACAAGAAACAACAGCGGCAGCAAUGCGUCACCGUCCUGUUCCUAGAUGACAUCACGCACACCUUUCGGAUCGAGAAACGUGCAAAGGGCUCUGAGCUACUGGAUCAGGUCUUUCACUAUCUCGAGCUAUCCGAAAGGGAUUACUUUGGUCUAUUAUUUCCACAGAAGCCCGGUGAUGUUGUGAGAUGGGUGGACGCACAGAAGCAAUUCAAGAAGCAAUGCAGCAGCCUCUCGCUCGACAACGAUGCCGUUCCAUUAUUAGAGUUUAGAGUUAAGUUCUUUGUAAGCGAUCCCAGUCGGCUGCAGGAGGAGUUCACACGCUAUCAGUUCUAUCUGCAGAUCAAGCGUAACAUUUUGCUGGGCCAAUUGCCAUGCUCCAGCAACACCCAGUGCCUGCUUGCCAGCUAUACGGUGCAGUCUGAGCUGGGCGACUUCAAUGCCGUGGAGCAUCAGACGGGCUAUUUGAGUGGACUGCAGCUGCUGGCUGAGCAAACGCCAGAGGCGGAGCGCAAGAUCUGUGAGCUUCAUAAGCUGCAUCGCGGCCAGCUGCCAGCUGAUGCGGAAUACAAUUAUCUGGAGCAUGGCAAACGCUUGGAGCUCUAUGGCAUCGAUUUGCAUAAGGCAACCGAUUCCAACGGCAAGGAUUUGCAGCUGGGCGUUUCGGCAAUUGGUUUGCUCGUCUUCCAGCAUGCGCUGCGCAUCAACACCUUCUCGUGGAGUAAAAUGGUGAAGGUGUCAUUUAAGCGCAAGGAUUUCUUUAUACAGCUGCGCCGCGAACCAAGCGAAAGCUACGACACGCUGCUCGGCUUCGGCAUGAGCAGCCACAAGCAUGCGAAGGCUUUGUGGAAAUCCUGUGUGGAGCAUCACAGUUUCUUCCGACUGAAGCGGCCGCAUCGAUUGUCACGCUUCCUCAACAUCAGCCUGGGCAGCAAAUUCUAUUACUCGGGCCGCACCGAACUCCAGGCCGUGCAGGAGUCCAAGCAACGUGGUCGAAUCCACAAGGUCUUUGUGCGUUCGCCUAGCAAACGUCUCUUAGCUGGCAAUGCACUAGCUGCCACUUGUGGUGGCAGCUCGGCAGAUGGCACGCCACAGUUGCUGCACAACGGCACGGGCAGCGGCUCCGACAGCGCCGCCUCGCACAACGGCAAACCGUCCGCAUCCACCAUACUGACCAUCACGAAAACGAGCCGUCCACAUGACACGUCCAAGGUUACGUCCAAGCAGGCCGAUGCAAUGCCUCGCAAAGCCUGGGAACAGCACAGCGACGAAUACGAUAUACAGCUCGAUGUUGGCUUCAUUGAGCAAUGCACGAGACGCUUUGAGUCUGGCACGCCCUCCCCCAUGCCGCCCGCCUACAGCUCGGGGCAGCACAGUCCCAUACUACUGCCUACAACUAUAGCGGAUGCCGUGGGUCAGCCAGAGAGUGGCAGCGAUUUAAUCACCAUGCGAUUACUGGCCGAUGAACAGGGUCGUUACGGAUUCAAUGUUAAAGGAGGCGUGGAUCUUAGUUUGCCCGUGCAAGUGUCCAAGGUGGUGCCACACACGCCCGCCGAUCGGUGCACGCCCCGUGUUUGCGAGGGCGACGAGGUGCUCAUGAUCAAUGGUCGGGAAGUGCACGGAUUGCGGCACGAGCAGGUGGUGGCCAUGAUACGCGACUGCCGACAUCAAUCCAGCGGCGAACUGCUGCUGACGGUGCGCCCCAAGCGUUCGGCUCCGCUGCUACUCGAAGAGGAGCCCCUCUACCAGUAUGUGCCCGAAUCCGAUGAGAUUGGCUCGCACUCUAAUCUGCUUGAUGGCGAUGCUCUCUUCACUCAGAGCCUCUUGCUGCUCAGCGAUGGCCUCGCAUCGGGCGCACUGCUUGCUCAAUACGAACUGAUGUAUCGCAAGAACCCCGAUCUGGCCAUCACGGAGGCUCGAAAAGCAGCGAAUGCGCCCAAGAAUCGAUAUCGGGAUAUAUCGCCCUAUGACUGCACGCGCGUCUCUUUGGUCAACUCGCUGACUGGUGACUAUAUCAAUGCCAACUAUGUGAAUAUGGAAAUACCAGGCGGUGCAGUGAAUCGAUAUAUAGCGACGCAAGGCCCGCUGGCCAGCACCACAACAGACUUCUGGCGCAUGGUGCAGCAGGAGAGCAGCCAUCUCUUGGUUAUGCUUACAACCGUAAUGGAGGCAGGUCGUCAGAAAUGCCAUCAAUAUUGGCCCGUUACGGGCGACGAGCUGCAGCUUGGCGACGGUUUCUCAGUGCGCUGUCUUAGCGAGAAACCGGAUGAAACGGGUAGCUUUGUCUUUCGUGAGUUUGUGCUGCGGGAUAAGCACGAACAGCGGCACAUUCAUCACAUGCAAUAUCUCGCCUGGCCGGAUCACUGUGUGCCCUCCGAUCCCAAUCUGUUUCUCGAGUUUACGGAACGCGUGCGCGCUGCACGCAAUCGCACGCUGCUCCAGGAGAUUGAGGAGAGUCUGAAACAGGUGCGGCUGCUCGACGCGGAUGCUGAUGAGAACGGGGGACUCAUGAGUGAACGCAAGUGCGCCGCAAGCAAUGGAGCAACGCCCGAGGAUGAGACACCCGUAUCCACCAGUGUGCACCAAUGCAUUAGCGCAGCUAAUCCUCCCGUGAUCGUGCACUGCUCGGCAGGCAUUGGACGCACUGGUGUGCUCAUACUGAUGGACACAGCUCUGGCGCUGAUGGAGGCCCGCGAGCCUGUCUAUCCGCUGGAUAUAGUGCGAACCAUGCGCGAUCAACGCGCUUGCAUGGUACAGAAUGUGAGUCAAUAUCGCUUUGUCUGCGAAUGCAUUUGUGCUGCCUACAUGAAGAUCUCCCGCAGCAGCGCGGCCAUCAACGAUGAAGACGAUUAAGCAAACUGCUCUCCAAUUUAUACUAGCGGACAAUCUGAAUACGAAUUCUUCCUCCCUAUAUAUAUCCCGUCUUGCAUGGCGCUACUGAUUCUUCUCAAUCUAUAUAUACUUAUCAAUCAAUCUUAUUGUUAGUAAACCCGUAGGCAUGCAUACAUACACCCCGCCCGCAUAAGUAUCUAUGCUAUAUCAUUAUGUUUAUUAUUAUCAUU